AAUAAAGUCACCAUGAGGAUAUGUACAUUAACUAUUUUGUCAAUUUUCACAGUCAGCAACUGUGUCAAUACAUUGUGGAAUCGCGAUCCAAAGAUAAUUAGAACAAAUACAUACGUGGGAACAGAAGGUAUUCAUACAAAAUGGCGUUUUCAAAAGCUUUCCGUUAAAGAGGAAAUGACAAAAGAUCUGACGAAGGCUGUGGUUACUCUCCAUAAACUGAAAAUUGAUAUAAAUUAUUUAAAAGAUUACAUACCCGCGAUACGAAGUUUUAGAAAGAUGUUAAACAGGUGUAUUACUAGAAUACCUAUAACAACGACUACCACGACUACAACCACAACAACCACCACAACAAGAAAAACUACAACUACUACUACUACUACAAAACGACCGACAACUACUACAACUACACGUCCCACAACUCGAAAAACAACAACUACUACUACAAAACGACCGACAACUACUACAACUACACGUCCCACAACUCGAAAAACAACAACUACUACUACAAGACGACCGACAACUACUACAACUACACGUCCCACAACUCGAAAAACAACAACUACUACUACAAGACGACCGACAACUACUACAACUACACGUCCCACAACUCGAAAAACAACAACUACUACUACAACACGCCCAACAACGAAAACAACAACCGCAACACGACCAACCACCACGAACUCAACUACCACGCCUACCACAUUAUCAACGGAACAACCAAUAACAACUACUAACCGAACUCGUAAAACAAAAUCAACGACACUUGAUCCGAUAUGGGGAGAAUAUUAUUAAGAGUUAAUGAAAAUUCUCAAUUUUCGCCUUCGGACAAAAUAAAUGUAUAUAUGAUUGGAA